UACAAAUAGUGGCGUGCCUCCAACGGCUUGGCUCAGUUUGAAGUUAUCAUUUCGGUGUAUAACAUCAAUCUCGGUCGGUCAGGCAGGAUCUAGGUCUCGGGGAUCGUGUCCGAUGUCGAAGGGUCCUUGCCAACUUUAGCGGGAUACAAUUCAUUUCGCUGAAAAGUGUUAAGUAGUUACAUAUCCUUGCCGUGUUGUCGCCUGAAGCGUGAGUGUGAGAUCUUCGCGUUUGUUUUGUGAUUCUGGCGAAAUUUGGCACGUGCGCAUUUAUCGGUACACAGACAGGUUGUCACCCCGGUUCGUUUUGAAGGACAAAGAAAAGGAAACCGACUGGCGGCGUAAAAAUAAAAAUCCUAUCUUGAAAUUGGGUUGAGUGUGUUGCCAGCUUACAAAAGCUAUCUGAUUAUCUUCCGUAAUCGCUUAUCGCCGAGAUUUUAUCAUCAUGGAGGUCAAGGAGGAUAUGCCCAAAGCUGAUACCAUCAAACUGAGAAACAAACAUAUCGGAAAAUCCUGCCAGCUGUUCUACCGUUCGGAUCCGUUGAAAAUAGUUCGCGGCCAGGGCCAGUACAUGUACGAUGAAGAGGGUACCCGCUAUCUGGACUGUAUCAAUAACGUCGCACAUGUCGGUCACUGUCACCCGAAGGUUGUGGAAGCCGGCGCCCGGCAGAUCGCCACCUUAUCCACCAACAACCGCUUCCUGCACGAUGAGCUGGUUAAGUGUGCCCAGACGUUGGCCGAUAAGAUGCCCGGCAACCUGUCAGUGUGCUACUUCGUAAACUCGGGCUCGGAGGCCAACGAUCUGGCCCUGAGGCUGGCCCGGCAGCACACCAAGCGCCACGACGUGAUCACCCUCGAUCACGCUUAUCACGGUCAUGUAUCCGCAGUUAUGGAGAUAUCUCCGUACAAGUUCAAUCAACCCGGUGGAGAUCCGAAACCGGACUUUGUACACGUCGCUCCUUGUCCGGAUGUUUAUCGCGGGAAGUACCGGGAUUGCGAUUUCCCGGAGGGCGUAGACCUAGGUCAGCUAUACGCCGAUGAGGUUACGGGUCUCAUUGAGCGCAGUCCCAGUGGUAUUGCAGCUUUCAUCGCGGAGAGCCUCCAGAGCUGCGGUGGCCAGAUCAUUCCUCCCAAAGAUUACUUCAAAAAAGUAUAUCAAAUCGUCCGUGCAGCCGGCGGUGUGACCAUUGCCGAUGAGGUCCAGGUAGGUUUCGGGCGUAUCGGAACGCACUACUGGGCCUUUGAACCUCACGAUGUAGUGCCAGAUAUUGUAACGGUGGCAAAACCGAUGGGCAACGGACAUCCCGUGGGGGCUGUGGUGACCACACCGGAAAUUGCCGAGAGCUUUGCCUCAACUGGUGUAUGCUACUUCAAUACAUACGGUGGAAAUCCCGUAUCUUGCGCCAUCGCGAACGCCGUAAUGCGUGUGAUCGACGAAGAAAGGCUCCAAGAGAACGCUCUGCAGGUCGGAAACUAUUUACUGGAGCAGUGCCGAGCGCUACGCUUCGAGUACGAGGUGGUUGGCGACGUUAGGGGAACGGGUUUGUUCGUCGGUAUCGAGCUGGUGUCGAAUCGCAAAGCUCGUACCCCGGCCACCGGUUUGGCGCGCGCCGUCGUCAGUCGGAUGAAGACUGUGCACAAAAUUUUGGUUAGCAGUGACGGUCCCGACGAUAAUGUGGUGAAGCUAAAACCGCCGAUGGUUUUCAAUGCGGAAAAUGCCGAUAUGUUCCUGUACGGAUUCAGGGAAUGUUUGACGUAUUUCGAAAAUCAAGGAAAAUCUCAACAAAAUGGAACAGAAUCCCGCUCAACGGUUCCAACACCGGCGACCGGAGGAAUGUGUAGUUUUGCCAAUGGCGCUAUCAGUGAAAAGCGAGACAAGCUUAUUAAAUCGGUAUGAGUUUAAAAACACCAUGUAAUAAUACUGAUUAAUAUCGGAUAAAAAUUAUAACUUAUAUACUUAUUUGUUUUAAAAAUAGGUUUUACGAAAUAACCGUAUGUUUUAGAAAUAUAACGUAUAAAAAUAUACUUCGGGAAUAAAAUACCUUUGAUCUUUA